CGUGCCUGAUGGACCUGCCUUCGCCCGCUGCCUUCUCAUAUCGCCGUUGUCUUCUCACCGACCUGUCUGCCCGUCUCCAUCCCAGCCCAACCAAAGAACCUGGAGGGUUAUGUCGGCUUUGCAAAUCUCCCCAACCAGGUUUACAGGAAAUCUGUCAAGCGGGGAUUUGAGUUCACGCUCAUGGUUGUGGGGGAAUCCGGGCUGGGGAAGUCGACCCUGAUCAACUCGCUCUUCCUCACAGAUCUGUACUCCCCUGAAUACCCGGGGCCUUCGCACAGAGUUAAAAAAACUGUACAGGUGGAACAGUCCAAGGUUCUGGUCAAGGAAGGCGGCGUGCAGCUCCUGCUCACCAUCGUGGACACCCCCGGCUUCGGCGACGCCGUGGACAACAGUAACUGCUGGCAGCCGGUCAUCGACUACAUCGACAGCAAGUUUGAGGAUUACCUCAACGCAGAGUCCCGGGUCAACCGGCGGCUGAUGCCGGACAGCCGAGUGCUGUGCUGCCUGUACUUCAUCGCUCCGUCCGGACACGGACUGAAGCCUCUUGAUAUAGAGUUCAUGAAGAGGUUACACGAGAAGGUGAACAUCAUCCCCCUCAUCGCCAAAGCCGACACGAUGACCCCGGAGGAGUGUCAGCUGUUCAAAAAGCAGAUCAUGAAAGAAAUCCAUGACCACAAGAUCCGGGUCUACGAGUUCCCAGAGACGGAUGACGAGGAGGAGAUGAAGAUGGUCAAGAGGAUCAAGGAUCGCUUACCCUUGGCGGUGGUCGGUAGUAACACCAUUAUCGAGGUCAACGGAAAGCGAGUGCGCGGGAGGCAGUACCCCUGGGGCGUGGCUGAAGUGGAUAAUGGCGAGCACUGCGACUUCACAAUCCUCCGGAACAUGCUCAUCAGGACCCACAUGCAGGACCUGAAGGACGUCACCAACAACGUGCACUACGAGAAUUACCGAAGCGGGAAGCUCGCCGCGGUCACCUACACCGGCGGGGACGGCAACAAGAGCAAGGGGCAGCUGACCAAAGCUGAGACGUCUGGCGACAUGAGUCCUCUAGCCCAGAUGGAGGAGGAGCGGCGGGACCACGUGUCCAAGAUGAAGAAGAUGGAACAGGAAAUGGAACAAGUGUUUGAGAUGAAGGUGAAGGAGAAGCUGCAGAAGCUCCGGGACUCUGAGGCUGAGCUCCAGAGGCGUCACGAGCAAAUGAAGAAGAACCUGGAGGCCCAGCACCGAGAGCUGGACGAGCGGCGCCGCCAGCACGAGGACGAGAAGGGCAGCUGGGAGGGCCAGCAGCGGAUCCUGGAGCAGCAGAAGCUCGACGCCUCCAAGACCUUGGAAAAGAACAAAAAGAAGAAGAUAUUUUAGGACCUUCCUGAUGUUAGUGUUGUUGUUGUUUCCAACCUGCCAGCUGUGAUAGUCAGAGCAUCUGUCCAUCAACUACAUCCACUGUUGGACCACAUUACUGUGUAAUACCCGUGUGAAACCCCAGGGGGCAGUAUUGUCUGGACUCUGAGUUUCAACAAUCGUUCUCCUCCUCAUGUUCCUCCUCAAAUAACUGUAAUAAUCUCUAAUACAGAACCAGGGUGCAGUCCUGUUUGGGGUCACUGCUCACCAAAAAACAAGCAUAUUCACACACAAAACACAACUUGUGAUCUUACUUAACGACAAACACGACAAACACUUCAGUCUUUCGUUCUUUCCUCUUCUCCGGGGACGUGUGAUACUGUGCUUCGUCCUUUUUUUAAUGCCAAAAACCCACCCAAGAGGUCGGCCUUGCCCUUCCCGGCCCCUGGCAGACGGCGCGGGGCUGCGGCUCGCCUCGGGCCCUGUUUUUAUUCAAUAUUUUUAUGUAUCUUUGGACUCUCAUAUUUAGGUAUUGCAUUUAAAUUCCUCCCCCAGCGGUGCGCUCCUCCGUCUCCCGCCUUGUAAAUUGUAUAACUAUGAACCGAAAGUGUUCCACUUCAAGCAUUUGUAAUGUAUUCUUACUUUUUUUCUUUUUUGAAAUGUUUCUUUUUUUUCUCAUUUCCUAUCUGCGUGGUAGAGAAAUUGUUAAUUUUUCCAUCCUCGCUCCUGGAAACCAAACGCGUAUUCUUGACUUCACUCAUGCUGAGUGUAACGACGUCUAGAAACGGCUCUCGGAGGCUUUUAACGGGGAUUUAUUUGACCUUCUUGUGCCGAUUUUCUAUUUUAACAAAUAAUUUUCCGAUAGAAACAAGUGUUUCCGGGGGGGGGGGGGGUUCUGGAAAGCGUGUGCACAUUUAGCACCAUUCGUGUUCUGCAUCUGUAAUUUGUAAUGUCUUGUUUUUAUUGUAAAAAGUCGCAUAAUAAAAUUGUGAUGGAAAAGAAAAGA